GACACUUAAAGGGUAGCGAAAUUCUUGUCACAUUAUUGCUACCAGAAAACUAGAUAAUAGUAAAGUAUUUUCUUAUAACAACCUUAAAAAUUCCUUUGGAAAGGAUUUUUAAGCAUAUUAUAUCCAAGCUUCAUACAACAAAAUUUCAUCAAAUAACACAAAAAUACAAAGUCUUCCAAUGUCAUCAAGAAAUUGUGGACAACGCGGAACAUCACGAUUUAUUAACGAUAUAAACCGAAAUAGCGUUUCACAAAUUCAGUUAAUAAUUAAUUCUAAUACUAUUGACCGAAUCGCCCGAAUAACUACGCCACAAAUUUCAAAUAAUCCCAUUGAAAAUGACUUUUUUAAUGGAACAAGUUUUUAUGAUAACAAUAGUUUUGAACAUCUAAUUUUACCCUCUGGAUUUCGAUGAUAACCUCUUCAUUGUUUCGUUAAUAUAAUUUUCAUAGCAUUUUCAUACCGUAACUUUUUUUAAAAAAACUUCGUACUUUUAUAAUAAAUUGCGUUUCUU